AUGGCCACCAACGACGAGAUUGUAAAGAUUGCCACCAACUUCCUGUUGAAUGCUCCACCAGGAGAGUUCAACGAGAUUGUUUCAGAUGUCCGCACUCUUCUCCCAAAUGAGUCGAUGCUCAAUGCUUCUGCUCACGAGACCUUCAGAGAGUACAACACCGAGCAAAUGGUGUCUGCUGCCUCACCAAAGGGACACAAGGUGCUGAUCACCAAGAAGGGUGAAGUCAGUCACAGCGAAUACUUGGACCCAAAGGGAAAGCUCGUCCUUACCUACGAUCACAUCAAACAGGUUGUCUCUGGCUCUCGCCCAAUCGCUGGAGAGCUCGACUCUGAUGUGGAGCCAUACAGAGCUGCAUUCGAGGAGGAGGCAUUCAAAUACUGCAACGAAUACUACCCAUCUGGUGUUGUCACCGUGUACAGUGCCAAGGUGUCGGAGGGCUACCAGAUCACUGUGUGUCUGUCCUCAUCCAAGUUCAACCCCAACAACUUCUGGAACGGCAGAUGGAGAUCGACCUGGACCUGCACCUUCAAGUCUGGUGGCAACGUCACACUGAACGCCAAGUUGCAGAUAAACGUCCACUACUACGAGGAUGGCAACGUUCAAUUGAACACCAUCACCAACAAAUCCACAACCUCACCAGGUGGUGAUGCCAACACAACUGCUGUCAACGUCUUCAAGGCCAUCAGCAAAACUGAGCUCAAUGUACACUCUUCUUUGGAUACUGGCUACUCCACAAUGGGAGAUACCACCUUCAAGGCUCUCAGACGUGCUCUUCCAAUCACUAAAUUGAAGAUCAACUGGCAGAAGAUCAAGGGACACAAGAUCGGAGCAGAGCUCUCCCAGAAGUAA